CGCAACCCGAGCGACAGCUGGGUGCGCAGGCGAACGACGAGGUUUAAAUUAUUUUAUUUAAUGACAUGCAUUGGAAAACCAUAGAGGAGCAAUGAAAACUAAGAAGCCUAAAGCUGCAAAGCUGGGAAAGAAAAAGAAAAGAAUAAGUGAUGUCCUACCAUCUACAAGUCUGCCACCACUUGUUGAAGGUCAGGUUCGAUGUUUCCUAAGGAUAACAGUCAGUAAAAUGGUGUGGGUCAUUCCCAAGCCUCCAGUUGCCCCCAUUGUUAGACUGCAUUGGUGGGGUGAAACUUCCAAUGGCACUUUGUUUCACCCAAGAGAUUCCUCACAUGCUGAACCUAAAUCUGUGAAAACCACUGCUCGAUUUGCUGUUCACUGUGGACCAAAGCAGUUCACUUCCUACCUUGCAGAUAUGGGAGUGCUGGUAUUGGAGGUGAUGACAAAGCCUGACCAUCUUCCCAUUGGUCGAGUUCAAAUAAAUGGAAUAUCACAUCUGUCACCCACCUAUGACAUUAGUGGAUUUUUCACAGUGAUUUCACCCACCUCGGAGAAACUUGGAGAACUACAGGUAUCACUUGCUCUAGAAUCUCUGUCUGACACUUCUGAUAGUGGCAGUCCUAUUCCAACCACUGACACAAGUGUGGAUGGUGGAGUCUCAAUCCAAAGUCCUGCAACAGCGCAUACUUCAAGAACAGGAUCUUUAGAAAAUUUCGCCCCUCAUAAAUUGUCCUUAACCAGCUUAAGUGGAAAGGAGUCCCUGUCAAGUAGCGCUUCUAAUACUCCAAGAGGAAGAGAUCAUUUGUACUUCAAGGAAAAUGCAAAAAGUCCCACAAAGGCGGGCACUUCUGAAACUAAGCAACAGCUGAACUUCGCUCCUUUGGCACCUGCAAAGACUUUUAAUACUGACAACAAGAGGACUGAGAAACAUGUACUGUCGGCAGAAAGCCAGAGUACUAAAAAUCUGAUUUCAGUUCUUUUAGACCGAGGUAGCAAACUGCGAAAUGCGAUGGUGGUUUCUGCAAUGAAAACUGUUCCUAAUGGCGAGUCUGGAUUAAUGGACAUUCCUUCCUCAGCUCAAUGUCCAUCAAUUGAUUUAUCUAAAUUGAAAACACCGCAAUCUCCUACUGGAAAACUCUUUCAUAAUUUGCUGGAAUCUGAAGAAAUUUCCCCAACUAGAGAUACUUUAUUGCCUUCUCCUGAGCACCCAUUUAAAGAACGUUAUCCUAACACUGAGGCCACAGCCAUCAAUUUACUCCUUGGGAGUACUGACUCCAUCCCUCUCCAUUACUGGCAUGGUAUACAUUCCCCUCCAGAGUCUUUAUCUGGUGAAAGUAGUGUUCUUGAUGCAAGCGAAUUGAAUGAUCCUCAUUAUGAUAAGACCCUGCUGGAAAACCUCUUCUACAAGGAUCCUAAAUAUGAAAGUAGUGUAAGUGAUUUUACAAGUGAAGAUGAGGAAUUGGAUACUUCAAAGAAAAAACUGAGGACCCAAGCCCUUUGCAAACCUGAUGCCCUUAACCAGCACAAAUUGUCCCAUGCACCAGAUUUGAAUCAAAAUAAAGUGCAAAAGACUAUCAGUCACCACCAAGAAAGUCCUUUACUGAGUAAAGAACAGGAGAUCCCUACUGUUGAAUUGAGUGCAGAUAGACUUGCCCUACUGGGACGCAUUUAUUUGGCCCGUGUUAUAAUUGGAACAUUAAAGCUUCCUCCAGACAGCACUCGCACAACACCAAAAGAAAAAGGCAGCAGAGGGAAGCCACCUCGACCUGUUUCAGGAAGGAAAUGCACUUAUAUUGUUGAGUAUAAUUUUCCUGUGACCACAUCUUCAAGGAGUGGAGCACAAGAGCUUUGCGUGAGAUCUGAAAUUACAAGGGUAGCUUCCAGCAAAGUUACAAAAGAAGUUGUAAAGUUCCAGCAACGGUUUGUUUUUCCUAUCUGUUUUGAUGGAUUGAUGAUAGAGCAUUGGUGGAACUCCAAUCUUGUGUUCAGCAUUUACUCUAAGAAGAUAACACAGAAAAAGCCAAUUUUAAUCGGUUCAGCUAGUCUUGCACUUCGGGCCAUCAUUCAAUCAGAUUCAUUAAGUCUCACCAGUGAAUUGCCUGUGGAUAUGUGUGACAAUAAGGAAAAGCAACAACAGAUUGGUCCUUUAAAGGUAUCCUUGGAACUGGCUGCCGACAACAAAGAUUUCACCAGUGCUAAUGCCAGAGUAGCUGCUUCUCCAAAGCCUGUUUAUGCUGUGUCUAGCCCAGGACCAAGGUUCCCAUCAGAUCACAAUGUUGUUGAUUUAUGUCCAGUAGAUCCACAUUUUGUUGAUCUGCAGGCUCACGAAUUAGUAGAAAAAGGAAAUGGUGAAACUCGGUUGAAGCAAAAUCAUACAAAGGAUGUUUCCAGAAUUUACAAGGCAAACCAUCACCAUCUUCCCUCUGUACCUGCAGCACAAAGUUUAAUAGGGCAGUUUAAUUCUUCAGUGGAGGAAGAAGAAGGUUUCUUACUCCAUGUUCUUCUGAUGGUACCUGAGGGAAAGGACUUUGUUAUGGGAGAUGGCUGUCUCCAAAAACAAUGGAAUAUAUACCUAAAGUGUAAGCUUUUCAGCACAGAUGAAGCAACCAGGUCCCCGGUUAGCUGGAGCACAACUCGCCCAAUUUUUAACUUUUCACUGGUAGCUCCAAUCACACUGACUUCCACAUUACUUGAGAGGAUGAAGAAUAAUAUGAUGAUUAUCGAAAUCUGGAACAAAGCAAUUAUCUCAGGGCAAGAAAAUCUAUUGGGGCUUGUGAAGCUUCCACUUCAUCAAUUUUACUUAUCAUUUAGGGACCUCAAGAUUUCUCAUUUAUUGCUCCAUGCUCAAUAUCCCGUGGUUGCUGUGGACAGCUACAUGCCAAUGGUGGAUGUUUUCACAGGCAGUCAAAAAGGUAGCCUUCGAGUUCUAUUAGCAAUGGGAGGAGCAGACCAGAUAACAGCACUUCAGAAACUAAAGAGUGAUGAGGAGGUAUCUGUCGCUGGUUUCCAGAGGACACCUCAUUUCUUGGAUGCAGUACCAUCGGUUUUAUCAAAGUUGAACAGUGAGAAGACAGAACCACUGAUGGAACACAUUUUUGAGGUUAAUGUGAUAAAACUUAAAGGAUUAACUCCCUUGCAGUCCACCGUUUGGGGAGAGGCAGACUGCUAUGUACAAUAUUAUUUCCCAACUCAAGAUGUGAAUGUCAUAGCCGAGACAUUGCCAAUUGAAACUGGUAUCAUCUUGAAGUCUUUUCGCACAGCAACCACAUUGUGUGUUCCAGAUCCUGUAUUUAAUGAUUGUCAAUGUCACUUGCUUCUGAUCCCAAUGGACCUUCCGGUGCAGAGAAUACUGUUGGAUGUUUGCUCAAAGCAAAGAUUUGAAGGAGGUAGUGGCAUUCAAUUUGAGGUUUGGUGUAGGUAUUAUUACCCUAAUGUUAGAGAUCAGGUUGUUGCCAGGGGUGUCCUCCCUUUGUCCAAGCUAUGCGGUAUGGUGACAAUGCAACAUCACAAGGAAGUUGGAGUUCAAACCUUUAGUGUUCCUCUGAUACCAAGGACAGAAAAUGUUGAAAAGCAUCUUCCACGUUGCACUGGCUUGUUGGAUGUUAGUGUAAAAUACAGAUGUUCAGUCAAAGCAACUGAGGAUACCAGAGAAGGUGCCAUAUCAUCUAGAGCAGUGGUCCUUUCAGUACAGCUGCUUCGAGCUUCAGGUUUACAAGCUGCAGCAAGGGCUGCAGCAGAAAGGAACCAUUUCUUGCAAUAUCAAUCUGAAGUUGGCAUGAACACUUAUGUGACAAUUCAUAUUUCCUUUCUUCUGGAAAAUGAAAAACGGCGCACUAAAGUCGUGGCUCGUACAUUCUGCCCAGAGUUUGACCAUUAUUCUGAGUUUCCAUGUAACCUUAUAAUUCAGAAAUCCAAUGGGGAGAGCUUAAGUUUGGCUGAACUACUUGAAACAUCAGAAGCUGUGUUUACCAUCUAUCAUCAGUCUAAUAAAACAGCUAAACCAAGUACAAUUUUAAUUGGUUCAUCAAGAGACAUCGAAUUGGGAAGUGUACAAGUUCCACUGGCAGGCCUGCUGACCAGGCGGACAGGUAUCUCUGGUUGGUAUGCAGUGAAUCUGCCAGAAGUUGUUGCUUCUGCUCAGUCUUGUGGAUUUCCACCAUAUGUAGGUGGUGGACUUGAACUUUCGAUCUACUUUGCACAUCCCAGUGAUAGAGAGCGUGUCAUAAAGGCUGCAGAGGCAUUGGAGUGGAAGAUUGGAAUGAGUGGAGAAGAAGCUGAAAAUUGGGAAUCCACAGAGAACACCGUGUCACUAACAAUAGCUGUACCACGCAUCUGGCUCCCCUUGCAUUGUGUACUACCAGCUGGAUGUGCACAUCUGGAUAAAUAUACUUUCUGUUACCUACGUUAUAAAUUCUAUGAUAGAGAAGCUAUUUGUACAUCUCUUCAAAAGCCUAUUUUUACUGACAUCAAGAGCCAGAUAACUGUGAGCUUUGACCAGGCAAAGACUAUAAUUCUGAAAAGAACCCAAUCAUUGGUCUGGUACCUAAAAGAAGAAAGACUAGAAGUACAGGUGUGGAUGGCACAUGGAAAAGACAAGAUUCAAAGACCUCACGAUACUGAUCGGCUGAUUGGAUAUUCAUUCAUAGAUCUAUCGACACUGACAGAGAAAUCUUCAAGAAAACUUACAGUUAGUGGCAUUUAUCCGCUUUUUAAACGAGGCACUUCUGACCUAUCAGGUGCAGCUCUAAGGUUCCAUAUCACACUUGUAUCAGAUGAUCUUCCACCUUCUACCAUUGAAUAUGCUUCUCAGAGAAUAAGCUGUUCUGAUGAUGAUCGUGAUUAUGAAUGUAGUGCCAAGGAAGAUGUUCCACUCAUUAAUGAAACAGAAGAAGUAACAGAAGUGCAAGUUGAUGAUGAAUUGCCCACAGAUUCUAACCUUGAAUGCAAUAAGAAGGGUAAUGAGAUUCGUGAGGUGGACCUGGCAAAUACAUUUGCAGUGAAUGUUGUAGUGGAGAGAGCUAUGCAUCUAAGCUUGAAAGGAUGUCCCUUGACAGAACAAACUGGAGUUAAACCAAGUUCCUACGUAUCAUAUUCUACACCAGCUAGUCCCAUUCCUAUAAGAACUCCUGUGAUAGAAAAUGUAUACAGUCCUAUUUGGGAACACCAACAGCAAACAAGGCUGCCCAAAGAGUUAUUAUUGGAUCCACGGCAAACACUAGUUUUCAAAGUAUGGCAUAAAGCAGAUAUUGACCGGGUUAUAGGAUUUGCGUCGGUGGAUCUUUCUCCUUUAUUAUCUGGAUUUAUGUCCAUUUGUGGCUGGUACAAUAUCACUGACUUUAGUGGUCAAUGCCAGGGACAACUUAAGGUGACAAUUACUCCCAUGGAGAAUAUCCGUCACCUGAGAGAGAAGCGAUGGACCCAAACACAAAAGCAGCCAGCAAGUAUUGCUUCUACCAUGGAACCAUUGUUGUAUAAGACCAGUGCCAAGUAUAACUCAUUCCCUAGUCACAUCUCCAAGUAUUCAGAACAAUUCAUCAGUACGUCUUGGAAUCCUGAUGCAUUGCCAGCCAGUGACAGGUCAUUCAACACAGAAGUCCAAGGCUCACGCCAUGAGGAGCACAUGGAAAAUGUUCGUAGGUUUCACCAGUCCUUGCAGCAGGUGGAGUACAACAUGCAAAGUGCUGGGAACUUAGAGUCUCUUCCACAAACUUCACGGGCUUUACUUUUCAGUGCUCUAAGGAGGAAUCUCAAUGAACUGGAUGAUAUUCAAAGGUAUUUCAGUCAGAAGCUGUCUACAGCUCCAUUUUCUCACAUGACUAAUCCCACCCCACAACAAAGAGCAAAUGUUGCUAAUGUGAAUUUUCACCAUAGAUCACCAAAUAGCCUUGAUAAUGAACAACAUCUUUUGGAAAAUUCAAAUAAACAGGUCCACAGUUAUUACGGCAUUAUCAGUGCAGGUUUGCAGAAAAACAAAGCUGAUAUUACUGAUCCAAACCCGUCUCCUCGGGACAUUGAAGAUGGUGAGGAGGAAGUAGCUGAAAAUACACCACAACAAUCAGAAAAUGGAAAAAUUCAAGAUUUGCUUAAUCCACAGUCACCAGAGAGGAAGACUGUGAAGCCCUAUCUUCCUCAUGUCUGUACACCAGGAAAUUUAGAGUUGGGGCAGACUAAACAUAAUGAAUUCUUUGCUAAAGACAGUGUAGAUUACCAGAAUAACGAGGGCAAUGUCGAAAUUGGACACCAACAAAACCAUUAUGUAAGUGAUGGGUUUAGUGAAGAAGAAUAUGAAGAAGAUGUGAUACAUCCAAAAACCUUAAAUGAUGUGUCUGUUAUGACUGACAGAACUAGCCCUUGGUCAAGUAUUUUGUCAGAUUUAGAGGAAGAUAACAAGCAUAAAUGUGAAACUAAAAGAGAAACACCAGAGCCAAUAAGAAAUGGAAGUGUGGCUAAUGAAGAAGAAGCAGUUUCCAUUAAUGUAGAUGAUGAGGUGUUUGCUGAGAAAUUACAAAAUGAAAAUUACAAGUUACCUAGCAGUAUUGCAGCUUGUGAGUCCCCUCAUACAGAAAAGUCUUCAGUAAAUGAAGUAACAGAGCUUGAUAUGUUAAAAAGGGAUUUAAUUCUCCAAAGUGAAUGUGGCUUAGAUAUGAAAUUACAAGAAAGACAGUUCUCAGAUGAUCCGGACACUUCUUUCUCAAACGAUGAUGAAGCAGAAGACCUGACUCGAGAAAAUAAAGACUUUGCAGUGUAUGACAUUUUCUCCAGCAGAACAUUUUCACCAACAGAUAAGGACGAAAUGGACCUUAGAAUAAAAUGUAUUUGUGACAAUAGAACAAAAGAGCUUGAAAAUGAAGAGAACCAAGAGUCCCAUGAUGAAUGCAACAAUGAAGAUCCACAGUUUUUAGAAGCUGGUGGAGAAGGUGUUCCAAGAAAGCUCAGGGGAACUGCUGAAGGAGAUAAACAUUCAGACCAAUUAUCUGAUCCAGUUAUAAUUCCGAACUUUUUUCUCCCACCAAGUCAUUUGGAAGCUUCAAUGAGAGUGCUAAAUGUUCCACAGUCAUUCAAUACACCAGCAGCAAGUCCAGAUGAAUUUCCAAAUCUGACAAGAACUUCUCGGCACAGCAAUCGACAAAAGCCAAGGUUAACUUCAAGAGAGUUAUCUAAAGAAGAAACUGAAAGAAUUGCAAAGAUUUUUGCAGGACACUUUACAGAAAAACAUUGAAAUUAUAUUUUUUAAUGAAUAAACACCUACAUACUCCCUACGCAAAAAUUAGUAAGUGUCCAAGUAAAUUCAUCCAGUAGUUAAUGAUGCAUGUGACUGUUGAUCUCUAUAGUACCUGGGCCUGAACAGCCUGUACAGUAAAACUGAUUACCCCAUUCUUCAGUUCCUUUUGCUUCUGGGAAAAGAAGUAUUGUUCAUUCAUGCCUGUAGUUAUCAGAUACUGUUCCUUAUUUAUUCGGCACACUUGGUCCAUUCAGUCCUUUUUCAACAUACACAAAGACUUUAGCUGAGAUGAAAGUUUUCAUUUUGCUUCCAAACCUUGGCAUUAUCCACUGAUAUUAACACUCCUUGCUCCACAGCAGUAUAAGCUAUGUGCACAGCAUUCAAAACAAGAUGCAUUAGGGCACUGAAAAGCACUUGGUGUACAUUUGCAAGACAGUAUCUUUUCCACAUUCUGUACUACAUAAAACAUCAAAGUGAUACAUUAGCAACAUGCUUCAUUGCAAUGUUUUCAUUGCUCAUUUGUAAGAAAAUUAUUUUUCCUUGCUGAUAGUUCUGGUUCACAUGAUCAGUUUAAGUGGCACAAAUGGUUCUGAUUGGAGUUUGAUUUGCAGCACAAUCAGGCUAUGUGAACCAGUGAAGUAGGUCCUAAAUGGGAGCCAUUUUCUUCAAACUUCCUACUUGGUUGCAUAGUUUUUUGGAACUCCACUAUUUUUGGUAAUACUGUUUUAUAGUGCCAGUAACACACAGAAAUCAGACCAGUGGUAAACUGUCAGUGUUAUUUUUAAACAAGAUUUAGUGGGUCUAAAAGAAUCUAAAAGUACAGAAGAUGUGAAGUACUGUAGAGCAGGGCAUACAUGUGGAUAAAGGGUUGCAUUGGUCAUAAUGCCAUUGAAUGUACUUUUGUAUUGGUAUGAAAUAAGUUAAAUCUUGUAUAAUAGGUUUCUAAACUUGAAUAUUUGUAUGAGUCAGAAUUAUGUUUUUCACAACAAAAUUGCAGUAUGAUAAUAAACUAUUUUUCAAUGUAUUACAACUGUUUUUAUUUGUGAUGCUUUUUGGGGUGUAUGUAUGUGCUUCUGGUGAAUUUUCUCUCCUAAUUCAGGAAAAAAUGGUUGGAAUGUUUC